CCCCGGCAUCAAAAAGGAAGCGACUGCAGCCGGGCUGAAUCGCCCGCCCGAGAGAAGGAAAUGCGCCUGCAUCUGCUGCCCAAUGGGAGGAGCGAAGCGAGCGGCGUGGGCGGGGCGGCGAGGUGCCGCCUGCUGGGGCCUGCGCUCCUUGCCGCACAAGGGACGGGGCCGUAGAGUGAAAGGGAAGCGGCCUCCUCCCUCUCCUCUUCUCUUCGCUACGCUAGCGCGCAGCGCAGGCGGUGGCGGCAGCAGCACUAUGGCGGCCGAGGAUGGUGACGGCGAAGGGGUCCGAGUGCUCCAGAACCUGCGGGGGAAGAUCUGUGAAGCCAAAAAUUUAGUGCCAUACUCUGGACCCAACAAAAUGAGAGACUGUUUCUGUACCAUAAACUUGGACCAGGAAGAAGUUUUUCGUACACAGGUGGUUGAGAAGUCUUUAAGUCCUUUCUUUGGUGAAGAGUUUUACUUCGAGAUUCCAAGAACGUUCCAGUGUUUGUCCUUCUAUAUUUAUGAUAAAAGCGUUUUACAAAGAGUCCUACGUAUAGGAAAGGUAGCAAUCAAAAAAGAGGACUUAUGCAAAUAUACCAGCAAAGAGACAUGGUUUUUGCUUCAGCCUGUUGAUUCUAAUUCAGAGGUCCAGGGAAAAGUUCACCUUGAAUUAAAACUGAAUGAACUGAUAACGGAUAAUGGAUCUGUGUGCCAGCAACUAGUAGUACACAUAAAGGAAUGUCAUGGGUUACCUCUUAUAAAUGGACAGAAUUGUGACCCUUAUGCAACGGUGUCUCUUGUGGGUCCUUCUAGGAAUGACCAAAAGAAGACAAAAGUAAAGAAGAAAACGAGCAAUCCACAGUUUAAUGAAACAUUUUAUUUUGAGGUAACGAGGUCCAGUAGCUAUACCAAAAAAUCCCAGUUUCAGGUAGAAGAGGAGGACAUAGAGAAGCUAGAAGUCAGGAUUGACCUAUGGAACAAUGGAAACCUGGUGCAAGAUGUCUUCCUAGGAGAAAUUAAGAUUCCAGUGAAAGUGUUGGGAAAUGAUUCCUUCCAAGCAUGGUACUUACUACAACCAAGAGAAAAUGGAAACAAAUCCUCUAAAACUGAUGAUCUGGGAUCACUUAGACUAAAUGUUUGUUAUACUGAAGACUGUGUACUUCCAUCUGAGUACUAUGCUUCUUUAAGAAAUUUGCUGCUAAAAUCACCAGAUGUUCAGCCAGUCUCUGCUUCUGCUGCCUACAUUCUGGGUGAAGUGUGUCGAGAUAAAUAUGAUGCUGUUUUGCCUCUUGUAAGACUAUUGCUGCACCACCAUAAGAUAGUGCAAUUUGUCACUGCAGUGGCUGAACUAGACUUGAAAGACACUCAAGAAGUAAACACAAUCUUCAGAGGAAACACCUUAGCUACUCGAUGUCUAGAUGAGACGAUGAAAAUAGUGGGAAAGCACUACUUAAAAGUUACUUUAAAGCCAGUCCUAGAUGAGAUAUGUGAGUCCCCUAAACCCUGUGAAAUUGAUCCCAUCAAAUUAAAAGAAGGAGAUAAUGUAGAAGUUCACAAGGAAAAUCUGCGUUACUAUGUAGAUAAAGUAUUCAAUACAAUUGUACAGUCAAGUAUAAGUUGCCCUACCUUAAUGUGUGAUGUGUUUUACUCUCUGAGACACCUGGCUGCCAAAAGAUUUCCAAAUGACCCUCAUGUACAAUAUUCUGCAGUGAGCAGCUUUGUGUUUCUUCGUUUUUUUGCUGUCGCUGUAGUCUCACCUCAUACUUUUCAUUUACGACCUCACCAUCCAGAUGCACAAACUUCUAGAACAUUAACUCUUAUAUCAAAAACCAUCCAAACUUUGGGGAGCUGGGGAAGUUUGUCCAAAAGCAAGCUUUCAAGUUUCAAGGAGACAUUUAUGUGCGAGUUUUUCAAAACGUUUCAAGAAGAAAAGUUUACAGAAGCUGUUCAAAAGUUUUUAGAUGAAGUGUCAUCUACUGAAAGUAAAGAGCCCAGUGGCAUGAGUGAACCACUACAUCUAAAAGAAGGUGAAAUGUAUAAAAGAGCUCAGGGAAGAACUCGGAUUGGCAAAAAGAAUUUCAAGAAACGAUGGUUCUGCCUAACAAGCAGAGAGCUCACUUAUCACAAACAACGAGACAAAGAACCAAUUUACAUCAUUCCAAUCAAAAACAUCCUCACUGUGGAGAAGCUUGAGGAGAGCGCCUUCAAUAGGAAAAAUAUGUUUCAAGUGAUUUAUGGAGAGAAGCCACUCUAUAUCCAGGCAAAUAACUGUGUGGAAGCUAGUGAGUGGAUAGAAGCUCUCUGCAGGGUAAGCAGAUGUAACCAGAGGAGAUUGAGUGUUUAUCAUCCCUCCGCUUUUCUGAAUGGGAACUGGCUUUGCUGCAAGGCCACUACUGAGAACACAAAGGGCUGCACUCCAUGCACUGCAGGUGUUCCUGCUGAUAUUCAAAUUGAGAUUGAUGGGGAUAGAGAAACCGAAAGAAUUUACUCACUUUUUGCUAGCAACAUGCCUAAACUACAAAAGAUGGAAGAGGCUUGUGGAAGUAUUGCAGUCUAUCAAGGUCCACAGAAAGAACUAGACGACUAUUCUAAUUUCACAAUUGAGGACUCUGUAGCAACUUUCCAAACUCUUCAACAAAUAAUAGCCAUAGUAGAAAAGCUGAAUGAGCCUCAUGAAAAAUAUCGGAAGAAAAGAUCAUCAAGUGCUAAAUACGGCAGUGAAGAAAACCCAAUUGUUGGAAAAGUUUCCUAACAAAAAUAAACUGUGGCUUAUGUGGAUUCAGAAGAAACUGGAAGUGUGUGUUUUUGGUGGGUUUUUUAUUCAUGGUGUACACUUGUCCAAAGUAUUUAAGAAUGAACAGAAAUGCUACCUGUGUUCACAAUCUAUUUAAUAUUUAAUAGAGAAGUAUCUGUUUGGGAAUCUGAUCACGAAGGUUAUUCCUAUUUUGAUGAACUUGAAGCUCUUGAAGUAUCAGAUGCGAGUAAAUCUAAAUAUUUCUGCAAUUGCUUUUUUUUUUUCCUUGGAACUUCCUAAAGGAAUUAGCUUUUUAAAGGAGGAAAAUCAACACCAAUUGUUGGUUGAUUGGAUUACAUCUCUCAAUAUACUGGACUCGCAUUUAAUCCACCAUCAGUGCCUGCUGUGCCGAAAGUCUUGCAGUGGAAAUCCCAACAUAUGGUGACUCAAAAGGAUCUGAACCUUCACAUUCAGUGCAUUACUUUUUUCUCUUCCUUUAUCAAACUAUUAAUUUUGUCAGGACUCCAAGGUAACUGCAACUGAAGUUUUUAUAAAAUCAUGCAAUGUGUUCUGUGUACUGCAGACACCAGUGUUAAUUUUUUUAUUUUACAAAAAAAAUUACUGAAGGAGAAAUCAGGGAAUCUGUUAGAUUGUACCUCUUGUUUACAUUUGGGGUGAGCAGUGGAGGGAGUGACAUAAGACCACAGUCUGUUUUUCUUUAGUAAAAAUUCAGGUACUAAUUUUGCUUUUUUUAAAUUGUUGUUGUUGUUGUUGUUGUUUUUGUUUUUAAAAGGCAGAUUAGCAACGCUUUUUGGAAGCUAGCUUUCCUGCAAAUGAGAAGAAUGCAAAUGUGACAAUGCUAUGGUUGGAUACUGUUCACUUUACAUCUUCCCAUCUAGGAUUUUGAAAAUAAAAAAUUGGCACAUUU